UCCAAAGUUUCGACAAAAACCGCCACUAGCCUACACCUUGACAUGCCAGAAUUGGACCUUGGAUUACACAUUUAAGAUCUGUUUCAAGACGAUGGAAUUAAAUUUUCAUAACUUCACACCACAGAUAAUCUUGGUUUGUGAGGCAAAAUUAUGACGGAUGGCAGCCUAGGCUACUCAAAGUUAAGACGAAUAGCUGGACGACUGUGGAAUAGACCUAUACGUGAAAAGGACCACCUAUUGUGAAGCUAAGGAUAUCUGAUUUAAUUGCAUAUGCGCCUACGGGGAAGCCUAGACCUAUAUUAUUUAAUGUUUGAAAAUGGCGAAGCAUAAAUCUGAACCAUUCACUUGCAAACCAACCAAGAGAGGACAACUGGUACAUCAGUGGUGGUUUUAUAUUUCUAUAUUUACAUUAAUUUUGAAAGGCUGUGAGUCCGUUCAGGUGUCUUGUCUCAAAGGACGAACAUCCAUUAAUGUCGUGUUACUGGAGGACGAUGAGUCACCGUGGAGAAUGAGUUUUGUGAGAAGAGCUGUGGACGAAGCCAUUCUGACAGUCAACAAGAAUGAUGGUCUCUAUCAUAAUCUUACUGCCAACUACAAUGGGUUCCAGACUGAAUUUUACAGACGGAAAGGCUGUCAAAGCAGUAGCUGUGAAGGAGUCCAAAUCCUGAAGUCCUUGACUGAAAAUGGAGAAGUCGGUUGUGUCUUGUUGGGACCCACCUGCACUUACGCAACCUUUAAUAUGGUGGACUGGGACAUAGGUCUGCAGCUCAGUGUGCCUAUCAUCUCUGCUGGAAGCUUUGGCUUGUCCUGCAACUUCAAGGCCAACCUCACACGCAUACUGCCCCCAGCCCGCAAGGUCUCCAACUUCUUCUUAAAAUUCUGGGCCUUCGAACACCAGAUUAAGCCGUCGUGGAACAAGACCUACAUCUACAAGAAGAAUGAAAACACUGAGGACUGUUUUUGGUACAUCAAUGCCCUGGAGGCCGGGUCAUGGGACUUCAGCGCAAGCUUAUCGAGGCGCAUCCUACUUCGAUCGGAGGAUGAACUGAGGCAGGCUUAUAACAACAAAAUGAGGGAAAGUAAUCUCUUUAUCCUAUGCGGAACCCCUGAAGAUGUCACCAAAUUGAAGAAUAAUACUGAUAGUGCUGUUGAUGCUGACGUUGUCAUCUUCCUCAUCGACCUUUACACCGACAGGUAUUACAGAAAUACAACCUCGUUCAGUGCCAUGCAAAAUGUGUUGGUACUGACCAUGCCCAACACCAGAAACUACACGAUUGGAAUCAAUGCUAUGAACCAAACGGAAAAUGAUUACACUGCAGCUUACCAUGAUGCUGUGCUUUUGGUGGGAGAUGCCAGAAUAGCACAGAAUAGCACAGAGGUGCUUUUUGAUUACUUCAGAAACGCGACUUUCAAAGGUAAAGCUGGUGUGUACCAUCUGGAUGAGUAUGGCGACCGUGAUGUGGACUUUUCUUUGAUUUAUACCACUGUGGACAAACAGUAUAAAAUCCUCUUUGAAUUCAACACCACUACCAACACAUCAACACUCUUGGACCCGUCACCAUCAUUCAUCUGGCCUGGCAGUCUUCCUGCAGACAGCCCUACUACUACCUCAGGUCUGCAGGAUCAUGACAUCAUUGUCAUCGCCCUGGGCACCACGGUGGUGGGAGUCAUGGCGUCUGUGGCCUUCAUCUUUUACUGGCAGAACAGAUCAUAUCGUCGCAUUCAGAAGAGGUGGUCCCACAUUCCCACUGACAUGGUCACUCCAGUGGAGAACAAUAUUCGCAACAUGGUCUCCCUGAAGAUUGAAGAGGACUCUAGGAAAGACAAUAGCUUUCUGAUCCACCGUGCACGCUACGACAAGAAGAUCGUGAUCCUGAAGCAGCUGGUCCACUCAGAAGGCUACUUCACUGAAAGCCAGCGCAUUGAGCUGAACGCUCUUUUACAUAUAGAUUACUACAACCUGACCAAGUUCUAUGGCACUGUGAGAUUUGACCAGGACGUGUUUGGUGUGUUUGAGUACGGAGAGAGGGGCUCAUUAAGGUAUGUGCUCAAUGACAAGAUCUCCUAUCCAGAGGACACCUUCAUGGAUUGGGAAUUUAAGACUUCUGUCAUGUAUGAUAUUGCCAAGGGCAUGUCUUACCUCCAUGCCAGUAAUAUUGAGGUUCACGGACGUCUGAAGUCCACAAAUUGUGUGGUGGAUAACCGGAUGGUGGUCAAGAUCACAGACUUUGGUUUCAGAACCAUCCUCAGUCCUGGACGAGACCUCUGGACGGCGCCAGAGCACUUGCGUGUACAGGGCGUCUCCCAGAAAGGAGAUGUCUACAGCUUUGCCAUCAUAGCCCAGGAGAUCGUGCUGAGGAAGAGCACCUUCUACACGCAGGCCUGCUCAGAUAAGGCUGAUAAGCUGGCCAGAGUGCAAUAUCCUAGUGUGUACCAUUACUUCAGACCAGACCUGCCCUUUGACACUGCUGGAGAAAGAGAACUGGAGGUGUUCAAGUUAAUCAGAAGCUGCUGGGACGAGGACCCAGAAAAGAGACCCGACUUCAAGAAGAUUGAAAUUGCACUGGGCAAGAUCGUCAGUAGCCUGCACAACCAGGCCAAUGAGAGUUACAUGGGUAACCUGAUCCGCCGGCUGCAGAUGUACUCGCGUAACCUGGAGUACCUGGUGGAGGAGAGGACAGCCCUCUACAAGGCCGAGAGGGACAGAGCAGAUGACCUCAACUUCAGACUGCUGCCCGGCCCAGUGGUGCGCUCCCUGAAGGAGACAGGCAGCGUAGAGUCGGAGCUCUUUGAAGAGGUCUCCAUCUACUUCAGCGACAUUGUGGGCUUCACCACUCUGUGCCACUACAGCACGCCCAUGGAGGUGGUGGACAUGCUUAACGACAUCUACAAGAACUUCGACAGCAUCCUGGACAACCACGACGUCUAUAAGGUGGAGACGAUUGGAGAUGCCUACAUGGUGGCUUCAGGGCUUCCUAAUCGGAAUGGAAACAGACACGCCACAGACAUCUGUCGCAUGGCACUGGACAUCCUGGCCUUCAUGGGCACGUUUGAGCUGCGCCACCUGCCCGGCAUUCCUCUCUGGAUCCGAAUUGGGGUGCACUCAGGUCCUUGUGCGGCCGGUGUAGUUGGCAUUAAGAUGCCGAGGUAUUGUGUGUUUGGCGACACUGUAAACACUGCGUCCAGGAUGGAGUCCACAGGAUUGCCUCUCCGCAUCCACGUCAACGAGUCAACUAUCAACAUUCUGGAGCGCACAGACAGCGCCUUCGAGUAUGAGAAAAGAGGAGAAACAUACCUCAAGGGGAAGGGCAAAGAGAUGACAUACUGGUUGACUGGAGUUAAAGGACAGGACUACAAUUUGCCAACACCCCCAACAGCGGAGAACUUCCAGCGUCUGCAGCAGGACCUGGCCGAGAUGAUCAGGACGUGCCUGUCCAAGCGUCUCCAAGGCCCGGAGAAGAGGAAGACCCUGUCCACACGCCAGCGCAGGGUGGAGCUGGAGGACGAGCAGCCUGAGUACUUGCACCUGGCCUCAGUGGAAAACUACAGAACCUUCCUGUAGAGCUGCCUGCCCCUCAUCUCAACAGAUAGAUGGAUGGACAGAUUGAGGGAUACAUGGAGGUAUGGACGGACUAAUCUUCAGAACGGACAAGUCGUUGGAAAAGGGCUGAUGUGGCAGGAAUGUCUUUCAUUUGCACUCGCGCGAGACACGGUUGACUCCAGUGAUUUUAGUGGCUGAUUGUUGUAUUGACCUGAUUGAUUAGCUGCAUCAGGUAGGCCCGAGGAGGAUGAGAACCUGCAAAAAAAUGCAUUCACUUGGAAUGGCCUACUGUUGGCAUCCAUGCCGCGGAAUGUCGAUGAAUCACCAAUUUGGUCUUACGAAUAGAGUUGGUUUUGUAUUUCAUCCUUCUAUCUGGCACCAAGGACUAUUACUAGCUGGAGCACCUCUCUAGAGGUAGGGAGUACAGGACUCAUUGAUCGUAGUCCUCAAGAAGGUGUACUGUAUUUUCUCCAGUCAGAAGAAUUCAGAAUUCUAUUGGUGGUCAGAUCAGUGACAGGUAGCGCUAGCAGUAGGCUAGCUAACUUCAUGUGCACAGGAAUGAAUGAAUGAGGUAAGAAUAAGGAGUGAAGAUUUGAUGAGUUUGAUCUCAGGCUUUUCAUUAUCUGACUUAUACUGUGAGUAGAGAUUAAGGACUAUUUUUUGUUAU